CUGGUAACAUGUGCCCAUGUCACCACGCACGCAAAGGUAGCGUGUUGUCGCGGUAGAGGCAGUAGCUCCGGAUCCACACAUCGUGGACCGAAUCAUUGCUAUGUUUGGAGAGCUGCCCCUUCAGCGCUGCUCUUCUUAAACAUUCAAAACCGAGAUUUUGUCUUUUACACUCUACAAAUUACUACCCAACAUGACAGACUUCCAGAUCACAGACUCUGACCUCUCCAGAUCCAAGUUCGAGGGUAAAGUCGCCAUCAUCACAGGUGGCUCCUCAGGCAUCGGGCUCGCAACAGUCUCCCUCCUCGGCUCCCUAGGCGCAACAGUAAUCAGCGCGGACAUCAAUCCACCCCCAACACCCGGGCUCUUCGUCUUCGUGCAAACGGACGUCAGCCAGUGGACCUCGCUCACCGCGCUCUUCAAAUCCACAAUCGCCGCACAUGGCCGCAUUGACUUCGUCUUCGCCAACGCAGGGAUCGGGCCGCGCGCGAACUAUCUCGCGCUCGAGACAGAUGCCUUAGGCGAGCUGGUAGAGCCGAACACAGCGACUCUGGAUGUGAACCUGAACAGCGUGAUCAACACCGCGACACUAGCUGUGCACUACAUGAAGACGCAGAAGGAAGGGGGAAGCAUCGUACUAAUGGGAUCUUCCACCUCUCUACACCCUGUACGGGCGAUUGACUACUCCACAGCAAAAUCCGGCGUCCUAGGCUUCGGCCGCGGUCUCUCCGUCCUCCUCCAGGCCUCCUCCCUACCCAUCCGCGUGAACAGUCUCGCGCCUAGCUGGACCGCAACACAAGUCCUCCCCGGCUUGGAUGAUUUGUUGAAAGCUGUGGACUACGAUGCGCAGUCCACAGAUGUCGUUGCGAGGGCAGCGGCGUACCUGUUUGUGGACGGGAAGAGGCACGGCGAUGUGGUGUUUGUGUGUGAAGGCAAGUACAAGGAGAUCGAGAAGGCGAUUCUUGCGCCAGCGUAUGGGAAGGUCAAGGGGGAGGGACCGAGUGAUGAUGAUGUGCUGGCAAGGAUUUUCGCUUUAGCUGGUUGAGGAGGGCGCAGCAAGUGCUACGUCCUGAUACGUCCAGGAGCAGAUGGCUUUGCAGAUACCCAAAACAGACGACGAUUUCCUAGCAACAACGACACGCCAACGAUGCAUGUGCUGCUACAA